AUGGAAGACAGUUCUGCUCUUGCGGUGCCAUCUAUGGCGGUCUCGUCUAUGGCGCCAACCGAACCAACUACGGAAGAUGAUCUGGACGUUCAUCUCUCGUGGAUGCGUGCAGCUCUGGACCAAGCAGAAGAGGCUUUCAAUGCGCAAGAAGUACCUGUUGGAUGCGUAUUCGUGCGCGAUGGCACGAUAAUUGCACGCGCGCGCAAUCGAACCAAUGAACUGCGUAAUGCGACGCGACACGCAGAGCUUGAAGCCAUCGAUGCUAUCCUGGCCGACCCGAACUUGACGGCGCAAGAUCGUGAAGCACGAGCGCGUCCUCUGGCAAGAACGACUCUGUAUGUCACAGUCGAGCCGUGUAUGAUGUGUGCAAGCGCACUGCGUCAGGCCGGCCUUGAACGGUGCUUUUUCGGUGCGGGAAAUGAGCGCUUCGGCGGUUGCGGGAGCGUGUUGGGCGUGAAUUCGGCGAUACCACACCCCAAGCUUCCGGCUUUUCCUGCGACGGGCGGAUUGCUGCGUGAAGAGGCCAUCAUGGCUUUGCGGAGGUUCUACAUCACUGAGAACGCGAAUGCUCCUGUACCCAAGAGCAAGGCCAAUCGUGUUCUCAAGACGGAGAUCCUUCCGCCGAAGACACCACUCUCGACAUGA